AUCGAGGACUCUGAAAUGACGGGCGUUCACAUCGACCCGAGCAGAGCUCCCGUCGCCUUCGGGCGGCUGGCCAUCCCGGAGCUGUUCGCACAGCUCGUGGAGCCCGACGCCGCCAGGAGGCUGCGCGCCCUCGCGUCCCUCUGCGACCUCACACACGAUCCGGAGCGGCUCUACCAGGUGGUCACUGAAGGUUUUCUGGACCAGUUGGAUGUUCUAUUGAAGGACGGAGAUUCGGCUGUGAGGACCAGAACCUGCGAGCUUCUGCACCUUAUCACAAGCCACAACAUCGCGAGGCAAGCCCUUCUGUCCUCACCCCUCCUGGCCCGUCUGUCUCAGCUGCUGGAUGACCCUUCCCCACUCUGCAGGACGCGCGCCCACCGCGUGAUAAACAGCCUGGCGCUGCUGCCCGCAGGUGCCAACGCCCUGCAGAAUCUGGUUCCCAAGAUGAUGCUGAAGCUGCAGGAGGAGCAGGAGGAAAAGGAGGAGGAGGUGCAGGCCCUGCUGCUAUCCACGCUCAGCUGCUGCUCGCGCCUGGACGCAGGCCCCGCCCUGUCCCACCGCGGCGUCACGCUCAUCGGACGCAAGCUCUCGCAUGCCUGCUCCAACAUCCGGAGGGAGGCGGCGGGAGCCAUGAUGGCGCUCAGCGUUCCGGUGGAGGGGAAGCGUCAGGUAUGCGAGGCAGCAGUACUUCCUGUCCUGGCGGACCUCCUGCGGGACCAGGACGUGGAUGUGCAGGCCAACGCUGCAGGCGCCAUCAUGAAUACGGUGGUCAUCACGACAGGUAAGCAUCAGUGUUUGGAGCUGGACGUCCUCCCUGUUCUGCUGCAGCUUCUCUCAGAACGCAAACAGGACGUGGAAGAGGAGCAGAGGAGGAAGGCUCUGGUACUGUACUCCCUCAGAGCUCUCACCUCAUUGGCUGAGGCCCCCGACGGGCGCCAACGCCUGCUACUGCAGCUCCCCCUGCUGGUGGGGAGGAGCGAACCCCCCGAGGAAGACGCUGACAUCCGGUGCGCCGCUCGCACCGCUGUUAAUGUUGUCACCUGGACGCCGUGA